AUGAAAAUAUUUAAUCUUUUAGUAGUAUUACUUUCAAUAGUAAAUAUAUCACUUGGCCAAAUCACAUUUCAAAAAUAUGUUGAUUUUAAUGGUUAUAAUCAACCAAAUUGUGGUGCAUCAACGGAACCAUGUAAAUCAAUUGAAUAUGUAAUUAAUCAAAUCAAAUCAUAUUCUUAUGAGCAAUUUUCAAUUGAAAUUUUAUUGGGUCGUGGAACACAUCAUUCUUUAACACCAACCAAUUUAUAUGGUUUAAAUAUUACAAUUGGAGCAGCCAACCCAGGAGAAUCGGUUCAACUUUUAGCAUCAUCAUCAUUAGGUACAGCACAAUUCACUGUAGACCAUUCAAAUUAUUAUGAUAUUAUUCCAACAAAUAUCGUUUUUAGAGAUCUUACUGUUACUUGUGAUUUAUCAUACACUUGGAAUGGUUUACUUUUACAAUCAAAUAUUAAUUCCUACCAAAAUCUAUUUUUAAAUGUAAAAACAGAAAAUGUAAUAUUUUCAUGUGCAAAUAGCGAUUUUUCAUAUUUUUCAGUUUCCAACAACUAUAACUCUUAUGAUCAACUUGCUCAAAAAAAAAAUCAACUUCCAUAUGGUUCAGAAUCUUACUCUUCAUCUGAAUCAAAUUCAGAAUCAAAUUCAGAAUCAUAUUCAUCUGAAUUCAAUUCAGAAUCAUCAGGAUCAUAUUCAUCAGAAUCAUCAGGAUCAUAUUCAUCAGAAUCAUCAGGAUCAGAAUCAUCAGGAUCAUAUUCAUCAGAAUCAUAUUCAUCAGAAUCAUAUUCAUCAGAAUCAUAUUCACCAGAAUCAUAUUCAUCAGAAUCUUCAUAUAAUAGUGAAAAUGAUAAUAACAAUUAUUAUCAAGAUCUCUAUAUGGAAGUUGUAGACCAAGUAUUUGGUGUAAACUCUUAUCCAUAUGACAACAUUAACAUUUCUUUCGCCUUUAACAAUUGUCAAUUUAAUUAUCAAAUGAAUAAUCAAUAUCCAGUUGUUUUAAAUGCCAAUUUUGAUUUUACCAUUGAUUUAAAAAUCACAAAUUCAAUCUUUAACACAAAUUAUAUAUUUAAUAGUGCUCCACUUGUACAACUUUACGGAGGUAGUUUAACCAUGGAUAAUGUUUCUAUUGUUUCUUUAUCAUUUGUGUCAAAUGGAACAAACUCUCUCUUUUAUUUGGUUAAUGCUCGUGUCUCUUUUAACAAAGUUAGUAUUUCCGGUUCCAUAAGUGGUCCAUUUAUCAAAGCUGUUAAUUGUAUUGUAACUGCCAAUCAAUUCAAUAUAAUUUCAGAGAAAAACUAUGAAAUUUCAUAUCAUCUUAUCACUUUAACAGAAUCAUUUGCUUACUUUGAAAAUAGCACUAUCGUUUUAUCCGUAAAAUCUGAUGUUAAAAAUUAUUUCUCAAGUAAUAUUGCUAUUUUCAAUCCAGUAAAUUCUGAGCUUUACCUUUUCUCUAAUCGUAUCAGUUCCAAUGGUUCAUCAAUUGUUUACUCUCAAUCUUCAGAUGUAUCAGCAAAUAAUAAUCAAUUCCAAUAUGCACCUUACAGUGUAAACUCUUAUCAAUUGGUCCAAUGUGACUAUGGAAUAUCAAGAUUCUAUGGUGAUUAUCAAUUCACUUCUUACUCUGAUUCUUGUCAAGCUAAAAUUAAUGUUUUAUCAUUUUGGAAUACUAACGCCAACUUACUUGAAAUUAUCAUAUCAUAUUUAAGUGGUGUUCUCUCCAUUGUAUUGGUUUUCGUUACUAUGUUCACCAUUUCAGCUAUUGGAAAGUGUUGUAGAAGAAAAAGAAAAGCAAUUCAAAAAUUAAAAAAGGAAAAAGAAGAAGAAGCUGCAGAAGCAGCAAAAUCACUUUUAUCAAUCAAUGAUUCUGCAUAG